AUUAUCUCACUCUCUCAAAAUUCCCCAUUUUUUUAUACAAGAAAUAUCCGGUGGAAGAAAACUCCAAUCCUCCCCUUCUCCACGAAACCGCGCACCAUCGUCCUCUAAUUCAACGCACUUUCCCCAUCUCUUCUCUGCCGGCGAUGGCGCCGCCGCCGCCGCCGUCCGUUCCCGCCGCCCAACAAGUGCUACAAUUCCUCAGCACCGUUCUCUCUCAGCGUGGCCCUACCUCCCUCCCUUACGCCGAGGAGACCAAGUGGCUCAUCCGCCAACACCUCGUCUCCCUCGUCGAAACCUACCAGUCGCUCCGCCCAAAAGUCUCAUCAUUCACCCACAACGAUGGCCGAACCCUCAAUCUCCUCCAGGCCGACGGCACCAUCCCCAUCGUCUACGAUGGCGUCGUCUACAACAUUCCCGCCUCCAUCUGGCUCGUCGAACGCUAAACUCUCAUUCCUCCUUCCGUCUUCCUCAACCCCACUCGCGAUAUGGUCAUCAAGCUCAAUCACCCAUAUGUCGACCGCUCAGGCUUCGUUCAUGCACCGUAUCUCAAGAACUGGAUCUAUCCUUCCUCCAAUCUCGUCGACCUCGUCCGCUUCUUAUCUCAGAUCUUCAGCAAUGAUCCACCUCUAUACUCCCGCCAACACCCCAGACCUAACCCUAACCCUAAUACUAUCCCCUCUCCCUCAUCCUCGGCGAAUCACUCGAUCUCCAGCUACACUCCUCGGCCGCCAGCUCUGCCCGCUGAGGAUCCAUCCGAGGUGUUCCGCCGCAACGCCAUGAAGAAAAUCGUGGACACCGUUCAUGCUGACAGCGCCGCGCUUCGGAAGAUUCAAGAGGGGGAAACGGACGGACUCCUUGCCACCCAAGCUACGCUCCGGCGGCGGGAGGAGGAACUCGCGCGCGGGCUUCGCGACUUGGUUGGCGAGAAAGAAGGACUGGAGCAGAUGCUUCAGUUAGUCCUUAUGAACACUGACGUCCUCGAAGCAUGGAUGAGGGAGAAUCAAUGGAAGUGGAAUGGUGAUGUUGAUGCAGAAGACGCAUUUGAGCCCGUUGAUGCUCUUUCUAAGCAGAUGCUGGAGUGCACGGCGGAAGACCUUGCGGUAGAGGACACCGUGUACUCUUUGGAUAAGGCGUUUCAGGGCGGCUCAAUUCCAUUCGACAUGUAUUUGAAGAAUGUGAGGGCGUUGUCGAGGGAGCAGUUCUUCCAUCGUGCUCUGGCGACGAAGGUGAGAGCUGCGCAGGUGCAGGUGCAGGUCGCAAACAUGGCGGGUAGAGCUUCACUGUAUACUUCGUAAGGAGGAAGGAGGAUCAUCAGAUGGUCGAUGUUUAAUGUGACCAAAAUGUCUCAUGGCAUGAAUCCUUUAAAUCCUAGGUAAGCUGGUAUGU